GGUCUUGCGGCUCUGCUUUCCUUGCUGCAAAUGCGGGCUUCCAGUAAGUGGCCGGAGCUGCGAGCGGGACCCGCGCCGGAGCUCUUUGCAGGCGGGGGGCUUCUGCCGCCCCCUCCGCAGCUGCCAUUCUUUUAGGGGAGGAGGGGGUCCCUCCUUGGCUGCUUCCAGCUGAUGCAUUGUUCAAGGACCGGCGAUGCCUCUGUUCUGGCCGGGGCCGAGACUGGCUGCUAAUGCUUGGGGGAGAGCGCAGAGGAGCUGGCGGCGGAGUAAGAUCAGUAGUUGUCUUGUGAUGGCUGAGGAGCUGAGAAUCACGGCUAACUGCCAGGCCAAGAGGCUGAAGAGCGGCGGCAGCCAAGAGGAGGAAGAGAAUGUAAAGCAGGAAGAGAACGGACAUGAAGCAAAACGGUUCAAGGCUAGCCAAGAAGAGAGAGAGGAUGGGAAUAAAAAAUAUCCGAAGAGGAAGAUCGUGCUGCUAAUGGCAUAUUCAGGGAAGGGCUAUCAUGGCAUGCAACGCAAUGUGGGAAAUUCACAGUUCAAAACCAUUGAGGAUGACUUGGUGUCGGCCCUCAUUCGGUCGGGUUGCAUCCCAGAAGAUCAUGGGGAAGACAUGAAGAAAAUGUCUUUUCAGAGGUGUGCCAGAACAGACAAGGGUGUCUCCGCGGCUGGACAGAUUGUCUCUCUAAAGGUCAGGCUGAUAGAAGAUAUUGUACAAAAAAUUAACGACCAUCUGCCUUCUCAUAUAAGAAUUCUAGGGCUGAAAAGGGUCACGGGAGGGUUCAACUCCAAGAACAAAUGUGAUGCCCGGACAUACUCGUACAUGUUGCCGACUUUUGCCUUCGCUCACAAAGACCGAGAUCCUCAGGACGAAACGUACUGCCUCAGUCCCGAGACGCUUGAAGUUGUCAGUAGGCUUCUGGCUUGCUACAAGGGGACUCAUAAUUUCCACAACUUCACCUCUCAGAAGGGGCCCAAAGACCCCAGCGCCAAGCGCUACAUCAUGGAGAUGUAUUGCGAAGAGCCCUUCGUGAGAGAAGGCAUGGAGCUGGCGGUCAUCAAGGUGAAAGGGCAGAGCUUUAUGAUGCACCAAAUCCGGAAGAUGAUUGGCCUGGUGAUUGCAGUCGUGAAGGGCUACGCCUCGGAGUCUAUCAUGGAACGGAGCUGGGGAGAGGAGAAAGUGGAUGUCCCCAAAGCUCCUGGCCUGGGCCUGGUUUUGGAGCGGGUCCACUUUGAAAAGUACAAUCGGCGGUUUGGGAAUGACGGUCUGCAUGAAGCCCUAGAGUGGACUGAUGAGGAAAAGGAGAUUGCUGCUUUCAAAGAGCAAUACAUCUACCCCACUAUUGUAAAUACAGAGAAAGAAGAGAAGUCCAUGAUGAACUGGCUAGAAACUCUUUCCAACCACGACUUCAACUCCACUGCGUCUAGGAUGCAGGCGGACAACCAAGAUCCAAAGAACAACGAUCCCGAAGGCAGUGAUGGAUGCGGAGGCGACUCGGACUGAUCUGAAGCCCAUUUUGGAACGUGGUGUGUAACAAGCUGCCCAAAUCCUAGCAAGUUAUUAGAUGUCAGACUUCUCCCGAGCAGCGCUCUUUAUCUGCUUCUUCAGUGAAUGUAACUGGUGAUAUAUCAUCAGGCCAAACCAGGGAUGGAGAAAAGACAGAUGCAACAUUGAAAACCAGUUGCCUAUCUCCCACCUCUGUGGGCCAGACCAUACGGAUCAUUCAUUCAUUCUUGAUGGAAGAAGACUUUUUUAAUGUCAGAUAAAUUAUGUCAUUUUACUACUUUAAAUGUACAGGAGAAAAAUGAUGAAGAUGAGUUGGACAGAGACAAGGACAAAUUUUUAUUAUUUUUCCUUUUCAUUUCUCAAGGCCAAAGUUUCUCUCUAUGUGUUUGUUUUUCUGUACUUCAUUCAACAUGAACAGUGAAUACCGAUGCUUUUACAGUGGGCUCCUGGACACACAUUCCGUGGAAUGUGGGCUACUCAACGCCAUUUUUUCCUUUUAGUAACCUAAAUUGUACCCAUUACAGGGAUUUUUAAACUCAGUCUUUUCUGUUUUUUUCAAAAAAAAAUAAAAGCUGCUUAUUCCAAGAUG